CCCCCCCCCCCCCUGUAUCUUUGAGAUCCGAUCAAACCAUGGCCGCAGAAUCAAGCAACCCUCAGUCAGUCUACGACUUCACUGUUAAGGAUCCUAAAGGAAAUGAUGUUAACCUUGGUGAUUACAAGGGCAAGGUCUUGCUGAUUGUCAAUGUUGCAUCAGAAUGUGGGCUGACAAACUCAAAUUACACCGAGUUGAACCAGAUAUAUCAGAGCUACAAGGAUAAAGGUUUGGAGAUUCUUGCAUUUCCAUGCAACCAGUUUGGCUCACAAGAGCCUGGCACCAAUGAAGAUAUCUUGCAGAGGGCUUGUACUCGCUUCAAGGCUGAAUUUCCCAUUUUUGAAAAGGUUGACGUAAAUGGAUCCAACGCUGCUCCACUAUACAAGUUCUUGAAGGCUAGCAAAGGUGGACUUUUUGGCGAUAGUAUCAAGUGGAAUUUCUCCAAGUUCCUUGUUGACAAAGAUGGAAAGGUUGUUGAUCGCUAUGCUCCCACCACAUCUCCGUUAAACAUAGAGAAGGACAUAAAGAAACUGCUGGGGAUAUCUUAAGCUUUCUUGCCGCUAUCUGAUCCUAUGCUACUAUUAUUUACAUCAUGAAUAAAUGCAGAUUUGAAGCUGCUAUGCUGUGUGUACUUUUGUUAUGAAUAAGCAAACAUAGACUGUCUCAUGCUGUCUGAAAUCUAGUAAUGUCGUUCUGUGUGUUGAUGUAACAAAGCAAUGUUGUAUGAAGCUAGUUGUGCUUAUUGUCUAUUUAAAAAUAGAUUUACAAUGUUCUUUUGAAAUUACUCAAGCUUUUGUUGUAAAUUCAAAGGCCUCAUAUUUGAUGCUGAUGCACUUCAAUGAAUUAUAUAUCAUGCCAA